CGAACCAUUCAGUUGCGACGUUGAAACCUCAGAAGUCCAAAACAAAAGUCCUUAACCCCGCCUAUCUUCUUCUUUGCAAUAAGCAUUGUUCUCUCCAUAAACCCUAAUUCCACCAUGUCUUCAACGCUGGCCACUGCACCAUCCUCAAUCUUCCCCUUCAACCCCAACCCCAACCCCACAACCACAAACCCACACUCUCCCUCCACUCUCCGUUUCCCUCCAACACUUCGCCCUCGCUUCACCCUCAGCGCCCAUCACUCCUCCCACGCGCCCAUCCUCAAAACCAUCGCCGGCGCCGCAAUAUUCGCCGCCGUAGCCCUCAAAUUCCCCGCCUCACCUGCACGCGCUCAGCCUCCGCCACCACUCGCCGAAGAAACGACGCCGCCGCUAUCCGAAUUCCUCGAAACGAACUCCGAAGCCGUCGAUGCUCUCAAGUCGUUGCUGCAGCAGAAGCUCGAACUCGGCGACGACGAGGAAGCGCUGAAGAUCCUGAAACGCUUGAUCUCCGCACAACCCGAGGUCGCCGAUUGGAAGUUUCUCGCGGCGAGGUUAGCGAGCGAAACCGGCGAUUUGGAGACGGCGCGUGGGUACUACGAGGAGGUCUUGGCGUCGAAUCCGUUGUGGUUUGAGGCAUUGUUUGAGAACGCUUUGCUGAUGGACCGGUGUGGGGAAGGGGAAGCGGUGAUGAAGAGGUUGGAAGAGGCGCUGAGAGUGGCGCAGGAAGAGAAGAAGGCGAAGGAAGCGAGGGACGUGAGGUUGAUUAUGGCUCAGAUUCAGUUUCUGCAGAAGAACGUUGACGAAGCUUUGGAGAUUUAUAACCAACUCACAAAAGAGGACCCUAGUGAUUUCAGGCCUUAUUUUUGUAGGGGCAUGAUUUAUAGCUUGCUUGAUAAGAACGAUGAGGCUAGGGACCAGUUUGCAAAGUACAGGGAGUUGAGUCCCAAGAAAUUUGAGGUUGAUGGAUACUUGAGGACCCCUUUGUCAAGGAUGAAGUUGUUUGGUACCGACGAGAGCUGAGAAUAACAAUAAUAAUAAUGAGUAAUAAUUUGAGGUCUUUUUGGCGAUUGGAAUAAGGGUGGUGGAUGCAAGCACGAGAUUUUGCUGUGUAAUCUUUGUGUGGGGUUUUGUUAUCCUUACCUGCACUUGAGUUAAAUUAUUUUACUUUAGCUAUGCCACUCUUUUAAGUAUUGGGUGGGUGUAAAACUUGUUUGUAUGUUUAGAAUGGUAGGGAAAUAAAGGAUGACAAUUGAGUUCUAUUGAACUCCACCACACUUUUUUGUGAAGGCUUGCGAAGUGGAAGUAAUGAUACUUGUGCUUUCAAUUUUUUAUUCCAUGAUUGUUCU